ACCAAUUGAACUUUGGUUUGAAUUUUAAUUCGAAAAGAAAGUCAAUUGGAAGUGCACGUGCGCGGUGAAGCAAACAUUUUUAAAUUGUUAAUAAGUAAUAAUUAAAAGAAAAAUAUGCCUAAAGCUUCGAAAUGUCGUGUUCGCGAGUGUUAUAGUGAACAAAAUGUUCGUUCGUUUGCAUUUCCCAAAAAUCGGGAAUUAUUAAAUUUGUGGAAGGAGAAUUUGAGGAUCUCACCCUCAAUGCAAAUGCCAAUGCAUAAUUCAUUUGUAUGCAUUAAGCAUUUUGAGGAGGAUGCCGUGGGACCAAAAUAUCUCAAGAAUGGAGCGGUUCCAACUUUAAACUUGGGCUAUGAUGAUGUUCCACCGAACAAGUGGACCGAAAAAAAGAAAAAAAGGAGCUGCUGUAUCGAGAGCUGCGUGCCUAAGGAUAAAGUUAUACUUUUUGCGUUUCCUAGGGACGAAGAGACCCGUAAGAAUUGGGCCUUGGCUUGCAACGUGCAAGUGUCAAGCACUGACAGGGUUUUUCUUUGCCAACGCCAUUUUGAACCCACAUUGGUUGCAAAAUAUAAACUCUUGAAAGGGGCUUUUCCUUGCUUCAAUUUAGAGCCAGUAAAUAGAAGUCGCUCGCCUAGUGCUGGCUCUGAUUGGGUUUGCCCGCCCGUCACUGCAACUUAUAGUAAGGUAGUUAAGGAAGUAGAAGCAGAUUUAACUCUGGAAGAGUUUGAGAAAUAUUCGAUAUUAGAGGAAAACAGGCAGGCUAGUUAUAGUAAUCAGAUCUGCGUGGACUUAGAAACCACAACCACUCGCGAACGGUUUGCUCAGUCUGCUCGCUAUUAUCAGAGCAACGCGGUCAAAUUAAAUAAACGUAUUGAGGAGCUUGAAAAAGAAAAUAAUGACCUAAAAAAUAAAUAUUCUGAGUUGUUGAAACGUGCAAUAAUUGCGGAAGAAAGUUGUAGCAGCGAUGCUUUAACUUUUGCAAAAAUGAUCGUCAGUACCAAAAAAGGUUGGUAUAAUGAGGACGAAAAGGCAUUGGCACAAAAUUUGAACUAUAUGUCCACUAAAGCAUAUUCUUUUAUGCGUGACGAUCUAGGUUUUUGUUUACCACACAAAUCAUCUCUUUUGCGUUGGCGCCCCAUCAGGUAUGUUGUUCCAGGUUUCGAUGCCAAUGUCGUUAACAAUUUAAGCAAAAUUGCUAGCAAAAUGUCCGGCACAGAACGCAUAUGCAUUUUAUUAUUUGAUGAAAUGAGCAUUAAGCCGGAUCUUACUUAUAAUAACAGUAGGGAUAUAAUUGAUGGAGUUACAUCAAAUUGUGAUGAGUAA